ACUUAUCAAGGAAUCCCAAUUAUUAAUGAUAAUUACGUAACAUGCACCAAUCGUAACAUGCAAUGAUUGGGCUAUAUAUAACUUUUAUUGAAAAUUUUGUUGGGCUCUCCUAAUAUUAAUUUUUCUCUUGGCUAGCAUAGCCAUUGCCCUAUAAAUAUUUAUUUAUAUAUAUGGGACAUUAUAAGAUCUAGAGUUAGUGAUAAGAUAACCAGCUCCUAUAUAUAAACAAAGAACGUACGUAGGCUUUUCUACGCUCAAUCGUACUAGUCUGAUCGUUGCACUUUAUAAUGGAGCUCAGUAUUGCCUCAAGAGAAAUAAUUAAGCCAUCCUCGCAAUCUCUCCAUCUGAAACCUUACAAUCUCUGCCUUUUUGAUCAGCUCAUCCCUAAUACUUUUCUCUCUGUCAUUCUCUUUUACCCAAUGCAUGAUCCCAAAGUAGUUGAUCUCUCCGAAACCUUAACCCAAUUGAAGAAAUCCUUGUCUGAGACACUCACCUUGUACUAUCCACUUUCUGGGAGAACAAAAAAUAAUCUAUGCGUAGAAGAUUUCUUCACUGGUGUUGCUUUCGUAGAAGCCAGAGUCAAAUGUCAAAUGUCCGAGUUCUUCCAAGGAGAAAACGAGUUGCAGAACCAACUAGUCCCUUUUCAACCCUUUUGCCAGGAAAAAACGGAUGUUCCCCCAAUCGCCUUCCAACUGAACGUGUUCUCUUGUGGUGGAAUUGCGCUCGGCAUUUCCUUGGGCCACAAGAAUAAUGACAUUGCAAUGCUAAGCAAUUUUCUCAAAUCUUGGACAGCUUUCUCUACUGGUUCUCCUGAGAAACUAAUAAAGCCUGAUCUUUCUUCUCCGGCCAUUCUCUUUCCUCCCAAAACAAAUCAUUUUCUCAACAAGUACACAUCCUUGAUGGAUCGGUUAUGGUUCAGCGAAGGAGAUUAUGUCACAAAGAGGUUUGUUUUUCGUGCCAAGUCCAUAGAAACUUUGAAAGAAAGAGCCAAAAGUGAACGCGUUCCAAUCCCAUCUCGCAACUUGGCCAUUUCGUGUUUGAUAUGGAAACACGCAAUGGCAGCUUCCUGGGUGGCAUCUGGAUCCCAUAAGCCAUCCAUAGCCGGCCAAGCAGUGAACAUGCGACCGCGAAUGAAGUCCGGUCACCAUGGAGAUGAUUCUCUGGAUGGAGCUUUAGCCAACUUCUUCUGGUGGGCAAUGGCAUCUUUUGAUCCUAACGAUUAUAAUGUUGAGAUCAGUAGCAGCACUGAUGUGGAGUUAAGCGAAUUGGUUGUACAGAUGAAGGAAUCAAUAACGACUGGAUUUUUCGAUGAACAUUAUAUUUCUCAACUGAUGACUACCAGUAAUAAAGAGGGGUUGAUCACUGAUGUUGAGAGCCAGCUAGAGCUUAUGUGUUCCUUGGAGUUAGAAAAUCCUGACAUAUUUGUGUUCACAAAUUGGAAAGAUUUUUUCAAGGACAUUGAUUUUGGGUUUGGGAAGCCAUUGAGCGUAGGAACCAUAGGAAAGGUUGGCCCUGCUUUUAGGAAUUUGGUCAUAUUGGUUGAUGCUGAUCAAUGGGGUAAAGGUUCAGUAGAUGCAUUUAUUACCCUAAAAGCCAAAGAAAUGGCUCUCCUGGAGAGUGAUGAAAACUUUACUUUUUACCUCUAAAAAUUCUAUAUAUAAAUGCAUAGUAACGUGUAAUAAAGAGGGUACAAAUGUUAGGUGUAUCCCUGAGCGCAGUAGCUGGUAUAUCACAAUCGUAGAGCCACAAUGUUGGCCUUGAAAGGUACGUAAUGUAUCUAUAUAUUUCUCUGAAUAAUGUGUAUUUCUUUGUGCUAAUUUAAUGCCAUUCAGUGUUGGCCUUGAUAGAA